CGGUAGGACAUUGGUCACGUGACCGAAUAUUCUGAAUACGCGACACGCGAGCUGAAGUAUCGCGCGGCGACACAUCGCAGUCCGAGUGUUGCAAUACAGUGUUGACUGUGCAGUGAAGUUUUAAUUUUAAGACAUGUGAUUGGUUCAAGUGCGUCGAAGUCUAGCGCCAUGUGAAUUGACUAUUAAGUACUGACCUUGGAUUACUUUUUUAGCACGGAUACAUGUUCUCAAUAACGUGUCACUAGCGACGGCGGAUGGCGGCCGCACUCGCCCUAACGCUUCUCGCCGCGCUUCUCUCGCCCGCUGGUACUGCCGAGCGGGCGCGGCGCUCAGCGGGCGAGGCGGCCGCUGUAGAAAUCAACCAGAAUGUACCAGAAAUCACGCACACGGAAAUGUCUCAAGCAGAGAUAGACGCGGCGGCUCAGGCUGAAGCUGAAGCGGCAGGCGUACCAGCUUGGCGGGACCUCUGGUACUCCUCAUUGGAGGCUCUGAGACGGGAGCCCACUAUAAACAACACUCAAGAAGACAUACUCGUUCAGCUCGGUGGUGUUGCUUUUCUUCAUUGUCCCGUGCGGAAUCUUGGUGAAAGAGGCGUAUCGUGGGUCCGAAGACGUGAUUGGCAUAUCAUCAGUUCUGGUGUUUUCAUGUACACCAAUGAUGAAAGAUUUCAGGUUCUGCACAGUGAAGGUUCAGACGACUGGAUUUUGCAAAUAAAAUACGUACAGAAACGUGACAACGGAACUUAUGAGUGUCAGGUUUCCACCGGGUCGGGGACCCUGUCACGUCUCGUGCACCUACACAUAGUUGUUCCCGAGGCAUUUAUACUUGGUGCCGACGAGUACCAUGUUGAUGCAGGUUCCACAAUCAAUCUCGUCUGUAUCAUUGAAAAGAGUCCAGUACCACCACAAUACGUGUUCUGGUACCACAACGCGCGCAUGAUCAACUACGACGCGGCGCGCGGCGUGACGGUCGCGACUGCGCCGGGCGCCCGCACACAGUCCGCGCUCGCGAUCCGUUCCGCCGCGCCUGCGCACUCCGGGAACUACUCGUGUCGCGCCGCCAACACAGAACCCGCACAUAUUUAUGUAUAUGUCUCAGAAGGCAGUGACAAGAUGGCCGCCACAUUGAGCCGCAACGCCAGUAAUACCCUAAGUUACUGGCUAGUGCUGUUGAUCACAUGUUCGUACGCUGUCCUGUGGAGUCACAACACGCUAUAGUCUCGAUAAAUAUGUCCAUACGAACGUAUACAAUACAAAAGAUAACAUUCCUCUGAUUAUAUAAUUAAAAACGAUUAGGUUUAAUAAUAUACUUGCAUUGUUUGAGUUAGUUUUUUUUAUAAAAUUGAAGAUAUGGAAACAUUAGUAUUUUAAAAAACUAAUCUGGAAAAUUAAUUAUAUAAUAUAAACGUGCAAAUAGUGUUAAAUCAAUAUUUGUGACAUGAAGAAAAGUUUAGUGUUCCAAGCUACUUCAGGUACAAUGUACAUACGGACAUUACGACCUUCCGAAAAAGGCAAUUUAUGUUAUAUUUAAAUUCUUUUAUUUUUUUAAUAUAUUUGUUUUAAUUUUGCCGAAACUACGGCCAUGUACGAAAAUAAUAUUUAAACUUACUCACUCAAAAACGAUUUCAAUUUUCUAAGGUGUAGCCGCGAAUUCGGAUACAUAUUUUAGUUCUGUGUUAUUGAAAUCUUUAUUUUUCCGAGUCCUACGAACAUCCAAAGUAUAAAACUAUGUUAAUAUUAAUGACCUUCGGCAGAAAUCUUUUCAAUACUAUUGCAUGAACAGAUACCAAUCUGUUACUAAUUGUAUGUAGAUAUAAUUUUAAACAUUACGGGAAUUAUUAAAAUAAAAUUUACCUAAAAACUAUAUUUGUGUUCAAAUAUUUUAGUGUUUUUAUUUAUUCCAAUAUACAUUUACAAUU